CUCAAGGUUCUUCUGUUCCGCAUUACGUAGCUCCUCCCCUUGUGCCCCGGAUGAGGAAGUUCCUGUAUGACCUGAGCUUGGCAUUGAGAGGAGGCGGUGUGAGGACAAGAGAUCUGAAACAUGGGCCGACACUUCGGAGACCUUGCCAAGGUGCGACAUAUCAUCAGCUACAGCCUGUCUCCCUUCGAACAGCGCGCCUUUCCCCACUACUUCUCUAAGGGGAUCCCCAAUGUUUGGAGAAGAUUCCGGGGCCAGGUCUUUAAAGUAGUGCCACCUUUUGUGCUCUCAUACAUCGUCUACUCAUGGGGGACACAAGUGCACUCAGACCUCAAGAAGAAGGACCUAUCCUUGUAUGAAAAUGAUCAGUGACACAACAAGGAGUUACUCGAUCCUCUCUAUAAUUCUUGUUUCCUUUAGUGACUUCGGACAUCAUUGUUCACCAUAAGGAAUAUUUAUUUGUCCUUGGCACUAGACAGUUGUUUAAUAAAAACAUUUCUCAUUCAGACUUA